AUGGCAGAUGUGAAUGAAUAUUUCUCUAUUGACUUGUCUAAUGAUAGAGGUAUGAGUGAGGAUGAUGAUUCUCAGGCUGUGGCUGAUGAUGGCAAUAAUGAGAAUUCUAAUCCAGAUCGUUGCAAAUUAAUCCCUAACUUGACAGCUGAUGAGAUAAGGGAGCUGGUGUUUUGUUCUGAGAAGGAUGCUAUUGAAUUUUACCAACACUAUGCCCAUUUCAAAGGUUUUGGUGCAAGGAAAGAUGAUGUCCGUCGUGAUCGAAAGGGUAAUAUUAUUAGUCGUCAACUGGUGUGUAAUAGGGAAGGUGAGAGACAUGAGAAGCAUGUGAAUAAGGUUAGCCGAGUUAAAGAAGCAAAGCCUAUUACCAGAGUGGCUUGCCCAGCAAAGUUCCGUGUCCGUUUUCAUGCAGACUCAAGCAAGUGGAAGGUUGUGCUAUUUGAACCAGAACACAAUCAUGGGUUGACACCUGCAUCCCACGUUCAUUUAAUGCCCUCAUUCAGGGGAUUGACUGAUGGUGACAAGGCUCAAGUAGACAGUCUAAAGUUGUAUGGGGUGAGAAGUUGCAACAUAAUGGGGCUUUUGAUGGGUCAGAAAGGUGGGCAUGAAUCGGUGGGUUUUCUGAAAAAGGACUUAUAUAAUCAUGUUGAUAAGAAGAAAAGGAUAAGUUUAGGUGCUGGAGAUGCAAACAGUGCAUUGAGUUAUUUGCAGCGUAAGGGGGAGAAGGAUCCCAUGUUUUUUUUCAAAUUCACAAGAUCAGGUGAAGAAAAUCUUGAAAACUUGUUUUGCACCUACAAGAAGAACAAGUACAACAAACCGGUUGUUAUCUUUUCUGGCUACAAUCAUCACAAGGAGACUACAAUUUUUGCAUGUGCCUUGGUUUGUGAUGAGACCAUUGAGACUUACAAAUGGGUCCUGAAAGCCUUGGAUGAAGCUAUGUUUGGAAAGCAACCCAAAGCUGUUGUGACUGAUGGAGACAAAUCUAUGCAUGAAGCAGUAAAGGUUGUGUUUCCUAAUGCUACUCAUAGGCUUUGUGGAUGGCAUAUUCAGCAAAACUGUCUUGAGAAAAUUAAGAUUCCAGAUUUCUUGAAUGAAUUUAAGACUUUGAUUUAUGGGAAUUUCACUCCAGAACGUUUUGAAACUAAAUGGCUGCAAGUGAUUGAAAAGUAUGGUAUUGGUGAGGAUAAAUGGAUUAAACAGACGUAUGAAACUAGGCAGAUGUGGGCAACUGCGUUUAUGCGAGAGAAAUUUUUUGCCGGUAUCAGGUGUAAGAUCAAGUUUUGA